AUGCUUGUGGGGCUGCCUGGCGGUGGCCUCAACAUUCUGACCACUUGGUUCGGGGCUUUUGUCCCGCGUCUGGUCAAGAGCAAGUACAGUAGAACAUGUACAGCCCUUUUCUUGUGCUGCAUACCCCUUUUGGGUGCCAUAUUGCUUGCGACGCUGCCUGCCUCCAAGUCUUGGGGCAUCGUUGUGUCAACCUGGAUGGCGAAUGCCGUCACUUGCUUGCUCAGCAGCUGCUCGGCUCUCAUGGCUAGCAACGUAAAAGGAAACACCAAGAAGUCGUCGACCACGACAAUGUUCUUCGUGGCCUACUGCGUCGGCUGUAUCAUUUCACCUCAAGCUUGGACCGAGGAUGAUGCGCCCCGGUAUCUCAAGGGAUGCAUUCUUAGCAUUGCUUCGUUGGUUUACCUGAUGAUUACGUUGGUCGUCUACGCAUUUCUUCUGGACAAGGAAAAUAAAUUGCGGGAUAGAAAGGCGGCAGAGGGUCACGUUGACUACAUGGUGGAAUCACAAGGGCGUGCUGAGGGCAUUCAGAGUGGCGUGGCCAUUGAUUCAGACUUAACCGAUCGCCAGGACAAAGCCUUCCGAUACAUCCUGUAA